UAGAUUAGAUUAGGCUUGGUCUUUAUGAUUGGUGUUUAUGAUUUUGUAAAUGUUUGUUGUGUUUAUUCAACAAACAUUUACAAACUCAUUGUUUAUUAUCAGUGUGUACGGGAAAAAAUAUUGUUUUCCUUCAUUUAUCAUAUUUAUAUGGACCCCUAUGAGAAACCCUUGCUCAGAUGGUGCGCAGCUCAUAGACACAUUUACGUCUAUGGCGCAGUUAAUGUGUGCACCUUUACUCGAAGAUUUACGGUCCGCUAGAGGAUUAUGGGAAUAAGGACGCAUAUGGGGUUCCCACUCCCAGGUGCAGAAUGGAAAUGGCCGGUUUUAAGUUUAUCGAUAUCGGUAUAAACCUGACAGAUCCCAUGUUUCGAGGGAUCUACAGGGGAGUUCAGAAACACCCAGAUGAUUUCAUGCAGGUUGUUGAAAGAGCCUUCAAGGCUGGAGUUAAGAAGUUAAUGAUCACCGGCGGGAACCUUGAUGACAGUCGGGAAGCUUUGAAGCUGGCAGAAAGUAGAGAUGAGUUUUUUACCACGGUGGGGUGCCACCCAACACGGUGCAGCGAGUUUGAGCAGAACGGAUCGGACCAGUACCUGACGGCGCUGAGAGACCUGGCCGUGACCAACAGGGGCAAGGUGGUGGCCAUCGGGGAAUGUGGCCUUGAUUUUGACAGGCUGGAAUUUUGUCCAAAGGAGACUCAGCUCAUAUAUUUUGAGAAGCAGUUUGAUCUGGCUGAAGACGCUAAGCUGCCAAUGUUUCUCCACUGCAGAAACUCACACAAGGAGUUCUUAGAUAUCAUGCGGAGGAACCGGGACAGAUGUGUCGGAGGGGUGGUGCAUUCGUUUGAUGGGAGCAAAGAGGACGCAGCUGCUAUCGUCGAUCUGGACCUGUACGUUGGGAUCAAUGGCUGCUCUUUAAAAACAGAAGCAAAUCUUGAAGCCAUGAAAUCCAUCCCGACUGAAAGGUUGAUGAUUGAGACAGCUGUGCAGGAACCAGGAGAGUCACGUGACCUGAAAGCUAUCCUUGUGUUUUUCACAGAUGCUCCUUGGUGUGGGGUGAAGAACACACAUGCAGGCUCUAAGUUCAUCAAGACCACCUUUCCUACCAAGAAGAAGUGGGAGGCGGGGUACUGUGUGAAGGACAGGAACGAGCCCUGUAACAUCAUUCAGGUACUGGAGAUCAUGGCAGCUACUAGAGAAGAGGACCCUUUGGAAAUGGCAAAUACUAUUUUCAACAACACAACAAAAGUUUUCUUCAAUUGAUUUUUAUAUAUUUAUUGUAACAAAGUGUUGUUUUUCCAUUACAUGAUUUAAAAUACUCUCAAUUCUGAGACUUUUAUAAUAACAUAAGUAUAUCGAAUGUCAGGUUCCUUGUCCCAAACGAUAUGCCAAUGGCGGAGGGUGUCCCUUUGUAUCAUACUUAAGGCCAGCAAUAAAUAUUUCAUAACAUGAUAUACA